AUGGGGAUCUGUAACUCGGUUUUUACGUCGGACAUAAAGUGCAAGGAGCUGAAUGAAAACAACUUAGUUGAAACACAAAAGAAAAGGAACGAAAUGAGACUGAAGUACUCGGCUAACACGCCAAAAGUCUCCACAAGCGUGGAAAUAAUAGACAUCCAGUCCUCGGAUGGUUCGGUGUCAAGUUCGACGUCAACUUCAACUUUUUCAGAGGCCGAGAGUGAUGUUUGCUUGCCACAAGAAGAGCUGGAGGCUUUGGUAAUUUGCGGAAAGGCAUGGCAGCCAAGGCAAGAGGCCGGGGAGGUUUGUGUCCGUAAAGUAGAGGGACUGAAGUCUCGAAAGAAAAAAUUCUUUUUACGUUCGAAGAAAGAUCGUCAGUUGCAGAUGAACAAAAAGAGUGAAAUAAAUUUGGCUUCCAAGGGAGUCAGGUCUGUUCCGUCUGCAAAUGUUUGCCGUUUCAGGUANGAGUGAUGUUUGCUUGCCACAAGAAGAGCUGGAGGCUUUGGUAAUUUGCGGAAAGGCAUGGCAGCCAAGGCAAGAGGCCGGGGAGGUUUGUGUCCGUAAAGUAGAGGGACUGAAGUCUCGAAAGAAAAAAUUCUUUUUACGUUCGAAGAAAGAUCGUCAGUUGCAGAUGAACAAAAAGAGUGAAAUAAAUUUGGCUUCCAAGGGAGUCAGGUCUGUUCCGUCUGCAAAUGUUUGCCGUUUCAGGUACUCUGGGCCCCCACCACGCCCUUCUCCCUGGAAGGAAGUGUAUUUAACAAUGAUCAAAGCUAACGAGCAAAUGGCUGAAGAAAGCCUGAGGAAGAACGAGCAAGUGAACCAAAUUAAGGAAAGGCUAGUGAACACGAAACAAAUUAGCGGUUCAAGAAAACAGCUCGCAAAGACGAUCAAUAGGCAGCGUUUUUAUGCUCCCGAAGAGCGUGUGACAGAGAGCGAACCGGACAAUGCUGGAUUCCUUGGCGAUGAACAGACCUCUGGUAGUUUAAACCCAGCCAGUACAAGGUCUUCUCCAACAGCUUCACGCGGUGCAUUCAUUAUAUCGGAUGACGGUCCUGAAGAAUCUUUUUCGAGCGCCGACUGUUACUAUAGUGGAAAUAACGAAUCACCAGAUAAUGCACGAGUCAACGGUGAUAUAAUCCUCAAGAAAAUUGGACAGCGCCAAAAAAGUCUCAAAGAGGAAGUCGCAGCGAUCGAUUCGACAAAAGCGAAACAAGGUCUCUCCUCA